AUGGCAUCCAAGUUCUUUGUACUUAUUUCGGCCCUCGUGGUUGCGGCGCAAUGUUCAGUGGUAAAAGUGGACAAUGACGUCUCUAACUUUUCAUACGAUGUCGCCGAUCCCAACACCGGUGACUACAAGAGUCAAGUUGAAACUCGCUCCGGUGGGGUUGUGAAGGGACAGUAUUCCCUGGUGGACCCCGACGGUACUAGACGUGUAGUAGACUAUACAGCUGACGAUGUGAACGGAUUCAACGCGGUUGUGCGUAAAGACCCACUGGUAGCCGCUGCUCCUGUUGUUGUGCCUUCCGUUGUUAAGUCUCCAGUUGUCUACUCUUCUGCAUCCCCUGCAGUUAUCUCUCGUUCGUACGCUGUACCAUCGGUAUACUCCGCUCCUUCAUUAUACCCAGUACAAUCAUUAUACCCUGGAUCUGUUUAUCCUGUGUCAUCAAGCUAUGGCCGUUUUGCAUCUCCCAUUUACUCUCCUUAUGGUUAUAGAGCUGUACAACUUAACCAGUGGUAA